AUGCACUUCUCCAAGACCCUCGCCUCCGCGGCGCUGCUUGCCCUGCCGGCCUACGCUGCCUUCCCCGUAGCGAGUGUUGAGUUCCAAUCCUGGGAGAGCUGUGAUGUGGGCGCCCCAGCCAUCGGCGAGCCUAAAUUCAAGGCCUCCGUCACCGCAACCCCGGCGACCUGUGACAAGACUACGGUCAACCGCGACUGGAGUAUCGACAACUACUCCUUCAAAGCAUAUAUCGACACCAAGGAUGCCCUGCUCUGCCACGGCGUCACCAUCUGGAACACCGACGAUUGUUCCGGAGAGCCCACGUACUUCCUGCCCUUCGACGGUUCCCCCGUGGCUCAGGGUCAAUGCCUGCCCGAUUUCCUGGAUCCUGGCUAUGUCUCCUUCAAGCUCGACUGCUUUGGCUUCCCUGGCGGCCCUGGCGGCCCCUCUGGUGGACCCGGCAUCGAUGGCCCUGAGGAAUCUGCCGAUGUUGAUGGUACCGAUGGACUGUAG